AGGUCAGUUUAUCUCUUAAACGUUUGGAAAUGGACUGAUUGCAUUACUCAGCCCCUUAACUUGAGAUGUCCACAACAUUUUCCUGCUCUGCUUCUAGUUCAUUAGAAACUUUUGGGUUGGUCAGGCGCUUUUGCAGAAGAUGCUAUCCUUUUAACUGCAAAGUCAGCCAACAUUAUGCAAGUCUUAUCAUCGCCAUAAUCUCAUCCAUGAUGACCAUGACAAAGCCUUCACGUUUGGCAACCAGGCUCAUCCAUCGAAACUCUUAUCUACACCCACUAUAUGACCCAAAUGAGACAGUUGAAGAUCGAUCGAAGAGAGAGGAGACGAGCUCCAUUGAACGCUUUGCUUAUCUUGAGUCGAAGAUUAAAGAAUUGAAGUCUGUUGGUAAUGUGGCUCGAUCAAACCUCAGCCCUUUCAACCGAGGUAGUGGGUUUCUCGUUAAUUUGUCGAUCGGUUCUCCACCGGUGGCACAGCUCGUAGUGAUUGACACUGGUAGCUCCCUCCUGUGGGUGCAAUGUCUGCCUUGUAUUAACUGUUUUAGGCAAUCGAGCUCAUGGUUUGAUCCACUGAAAUCAUCAAGCUUCAAAAUAUUGGGUUGUGGCUUUCCUGGCUAUAACUACGUCAGUGGUUACAGAUGCAAUGGUUAUAAUCAAGCCGAGUAUAAGUUGAGGUACCUUGGUGGGGAUACCUCCCAAGGACUUCUUGCGAAGGAAUCACUUCUCUUUGAGACAUCUGAUGAAGGUAAAAUCAGAAAGGCCAAUUUAACAUUUGGGUGUGGCCAUAUGAACUUCAAAACCAAUAUAGACGACAGCUACAAUGGCGUGUUUGGACUGGGUGCUUAUCCCUACAUAACAAUGGCAACUCAAUUGGGCAACAAAUUUUCCUAUUGCAUUGGCGAUAUCAAUGAUCCUCUCUACACUCACAACCAGCUCGUCUUGGGCGAGGGAGCCUACGUCGAAGGCGAUUCCACCCCUCUGGAGAUCCACUUCGGGCAUUAUUAUGUCAAUUUAGAAGGCAUCAGUGUUGGAACAAAGAGGCUCAACAUUGACCCAAAAGCCUUCCAGAUGACUUGGGAUGGCAGAGGUGGAGUUCUAAUCGACUCUGGAAUGACUUACACCAAGCUCGCCAAUGGUGGGUUUGAACUACUUUACGAUGAGAUACUCGAUUUGGCGAACGGUUUGUUGGAACGAAUCCCAACCAGGAGGCAAUUUGAAGGGCUAUGUUUCAAAGGAGUUGUGAGUCGAGAUCUUAUUGGUCUGCCGCCGGUGACGUUUCAUUUCGCCGGUGGUGCCGAUUUGGUAUUGGAAUCUGGAAGUUUGUUUAGGCAGCACGGUGGUGAUCGGUUCUGUUUGGCCAUCUUGCCAAGCAAUUCCGAGAUGUUGAAUCUGUCUGUGAUUGGUAUUUUGGCUCAACAGAAUUACAAUGUGGCUUUUGAUCUUGAACAAAUGAAAGUGUUCUUCAGCAGGAUUGAUUGUCAACUUCUAGACGACUAAAGGCCUCUUGGGAAUGAUUUU